AUGGCAGCUAAUGGACAAGUCUUUCAAGAUGCGCAGAGUCAGGAGGAGACCCAGGUCUAUGACAGUGACCCGAUGGAUGUCGAAAAGGUAAAUGAGGAGGAAGUGCCGCUGACGCAGGCUGAUGGUGCAAAUGAUGAGCCUGAGGAGGAGACGCAGAACCAUGACUCUGUUGUGCAGGUUCCUGCAAGCGAAGCUGAGGAGGUUUGUGCGAGCCCGGCUAAGGAGAACGAACCCGAAGCCUCGAAGCAGCUGGUGCAGCCAGACCCCUCGCGAGGCUUCAGGCCACUUCCUGCAGGGGCAGCAUCGGUGGAGGGCAUUGGUUGGAAGGACCUUCGCGAGAUGGGCCAAGGUGCCGACCAGUACUGCAGCACUUGCAGAGCUCAUGUGGACCCUGCUCCAGAGAAGCGGGUUUUCAAGAAGGGCCACCACCAGUGGCAAUGCAGGACGUGCCACAACGUGACCACUUUGCUGUACAAGAGGAUGGAUAUGAAAAAUCUCCAAGGAUGGAAGGACCUCAGCGAAGCUCAGGUGCAGCGCUUCUACCAGGAAGCUGGGAAAUGUCUUGCCUUGGGGCAGCGGUCAUGCUUUGGUAAGAUCCAGGGCUGCCUCAUCGACAGCGUCACCCAAAGCGAAGUGCACCGUCAAGAAACCAAUGUCAAAGGAGAAUUUCUCCCAUUGAGUGUGUGGGCGUCCAAAGGUUACAACACAGAGGCCAUAGAGGCCAAAGCUGAGAAGCGCAAGAGCGACAUGUUUGGAUGGGUCUACCGCGUCAAUGUGCUGUCAAUUAACUACUCCCAUAUUGAAGAAGAGUGUCGCCAGCGUGUGCUGCAAGCGACCCGCAAAGUGGGACAGUCGAAACCCGCUGGCAAGGCCAAGGGCAAAGGCAAGAACAUUGCGGAUGGUGCAGCUGCUGCCGGCAAUGGAGAGCAGAGCGGUGCCACACCGCAGGCCCUCGAGGACGUGAUGAUGAUCGAUUCGGACUGGGAUUCCAUUUCCAGUUCCGGUGAGCAGCCUGCUCGCCGUGGGGGAGGAAGCAAGGCCAAGCCUUCCAAGUCCAAGGCUGCUAAGCCGAAGGUGAAGGUGACGGCCGAAGAGAAGAAGGAAGCUCGCACGGCCAACAACCCUCACCUUGGCAAUGCGAGGAAGGCUUUGCGUCUCUUGGAGCCGGUCAUCAAGGACUGCAAGUCGAUCCUCAAGUGCACCAGCUGUCCCGAGGAUUUGAAGGAGGAGCUGCAAGCUGCUCAGCAGAUCGUCAAAGAUGCCACCAAGUUCAAGUCUGCUGCACAGGAGCUAGCCAAGAACAUCAAGAGCAAGACGGAGAGCACUCGCAGUAUGGAUCAGCUUCUCAGCAAGAUGGAUGACACUGCCUUGGCGAAUCUGAAGAAGGCGGCCGAGGAACGCCUGUCAGCAACUGACGUGGAAUAG